AUGGCGAAAAUGUACAGAAAUACUCUGGAUACACUACAUGGAUUCACUAAAGGGAUUAUUACGGAAAGAAAAGCGAAAAGAGCAAAUGGCGAAAAGACAAGUGGGAAAGAAACAAAUUUCCUUGACAUGUUAUUAGAGCAUUACGAUGCAGGAGAAAUCGAUGACGAAGGAGUGCGUGAAGAGGUGGACACAUUCAUGUUUGAAGGCCACGAUACAACAUCUUCCGGUGUCUCGUGGGGUAUUUGGUGUAUCGCUCAUCAUCCACAAGUUCAACAAAGGCUUUUUAACGAAAUAUGUGAAAUGAUUGGUGAAGAUCAAGAAGAAAUCAUCAUAACGGAGCAUCUCAAAAAGAUGACCUAUCUAGAUCAGGUAAUGAAAGAAGCUUUUCGUCUCUAUUGUCCAGUGCCUGAUGCAAAUCGGAGAUUGCAAAACGAUUUCCAGAGCGGUCCAUAUCUGUUUCCUAAAGGUGCUGUGGUAACAAUUGCUCCGCUUAUACUUUGCCGAAACAAAAAUGUUUGGGGUGACGAUGUUCUUUCAUUUGACCCGGAAAGAUUCUCAGAAGAAAGAGAGUCAAAAAGGCAUCCCUUUGAUUACAUUCCAUCCUCUGCUGGACCGAGAAAUUGUAUUGGCCAACGCUUUGCUCAAUUGGAGGCAAAAGUAAUGACUUGCUGGUUGGUGAGAUCGUUUGAAUUCUCUUCGAAUCUUCCAUUCGAAUCCAAUCGUGCCGGAGCUGAAGGAAUCCUCCGACCCUAUUCGGGCAUUCCCGUUUUCGCAAAAAUAAGAAUC